UAAUUAGACGUGCUCGCAAUGAUAAUGGAAAUGAAAAAAUCUGAUGAUGUGGUGAAAGUAUCCAUCGGGGAGAGCUUAUCGGAGCUGGUGAGCGGUUUCGGGAGAUACCAAGUGUGGCAGUGUCUACUCGCUCUGCUUCCAGUAAUAUGCACGGCGAUGAGCAACACUAACUUUGUUUUCGCAGCAGCGGCUAUCAACUACAGAUGUGCAGCACCAGAAUGCGAAGCGCCCAAUGCUACAUCAGCUCUCCCUAGCUGGUGGCCCCCUAGUAUAACGGAUGAUCGCUGCUCGCGACCUGUUUAUAAUAAUAACAGUUGUGACAUUAACGAUUUUGAUAAUUUUAAAGAAUGUGAUGAAUGGAUAUAUGAAACAAAAGAUUCUGUCGUUGCUGAGUUCGGCCUGGCCUGUCAGGAGUGGAAACGAACUCUGGUGGGAACUAUUCAUAAUUUAGGAGUUCUAAUAUCCAUGCCUCUAAUGGGAUUUGUAUCAGACAGGAUAGGCCGUCGUUCAGCGAUUAUUAUAAGUGGGUUGAGUCUAGGAGUGGGAGCCUUUAAGGUUUUGUCAGGAGGAGGACCGAAUGGCUACAUCACAUAUGUCUGUAUUGAGUUUAUCGAAGCGCUCCUCGUGACUGGCACGUAUACUACUUGCUUUGUGCUUAUCGUUGAGCUUAUUGGAAGUGACAAGAGGAUCAUUGGAGCUGCUGCUGUGGGAAUAUCAGUGGCCGUCGGAGAACUAAUAUUAGACCUUAUCGUGUGGUAUAUCCCAUACUGGAGGAAUUUUCUUCUGAUCAUUUACUGUCCCGUUCCGAUAUUUCUACUAUAUACCUAUCUUCUAGAAGAAAGCAUGCGCUGGUUGAUAACGAAUGGAAGAAACGAUGAGGCAUUAAUUUUACUGCAAAAGAUAGCCCAUUGCAACCGGUUCGCGAUGUCUGAGAAAACUAUCGAUGAAAUCAACAAAGACUCGAAGGAGAAAGACGCUUUACAUGAAGAGAAAUUUAAUAUAAAACUACUUUUCUCAUCGAAAGCUUUAUUAAAAAGAGUCAUCGUGUGUUCGUGGUGGUGGUUCACCGCUGCGUUCGUGUACUACGGACUGAUGAUAAAUUCCGUUGCUCUUCCUGGAAACAAGAACACCAAUUUCGCCCUCUCAUCUCUCGCUACCAUACCCGGUGAUAUAAUAGCAGUGAUAACUCUUGACAGGCUCGGCAGGAAAAAGACGUUGCUCGGAGGGUUUUUAUUUUGUGGACUCUGUUGUGUAACUAAUGGAUUUAUACAAGAGUACAAAAUCGCAUCGACUGCAAUAUUUCUGAUUGGCAAAAUGUCUAUAUCGGCGUGUUUCAAUGCGGUAUAUGUGUACACAUCGGAACUUGUGCCAACAUCCGCACGAGGUUCUUUAGUGGGCACGUGUUCCAUGCUUGCUCGCGUGGGUUCAGUGCUGGCCCCGCUUACGCCUCUUUUGAGACAAUGGUGGCAUUCAUUACCGACAUUAAUAUUCGGCUGCGCGUCACUGUCCGCUGCAGUUCUGACACUAGCCACUCCAGAGACGCUUCGACGACCUCUACCUGAUACUGUGGCAGAAGCGACAGCUCUGUCUUAGAUCAAAAAGAUCCAAGAUAGAUCAUACUUUAAAACAUAUUAUUUGGAAUAAAAGUCUUUUCAGCAGCUUGGACUGGUCUCUGAUGACGUUUAUUAA